AACAACAACAUCAACCACCAUACAAUGUAAACAUACAAUAUUGACGAAUUUUUGAUAGUGUAAAAUGUGGAAGGAAAGAAGUAGCAUUUGAAUAAAUAAUAUCAUAUAUUUUGUUUAGAUUCAUGGUUUUUGCUUCAAAUAGCACAGCAUUGCGUACCUCCUCUAAAAUGCCGUCAACAAGAUCAACUCGCAAGCCUUCAGCAAAACAAUCCAAAACUACCAAGAAGGACAAUAGCGAAUUCAAUCUUAUUGUAACUGGUGCACUGAACGACAUGAGAAGUGGAAUGUCCAUCGCAAAUGCAGCGGAAAAAUGGGAUAUAACCAAAAAUUACCUCCGAACUUUAUCCAAGAAGAUGAGGCCGAGCGGUGAAAAAGGUAAAGUUGGAAGACCAGCAAAACCAGGGUCAGGUUCACACGCUCUACUAAGCAAAGAGGAAGAAGCCAUGGUUGUGGACUGGAUUGCUGACAGCUACAAUGCUGGUUUCUCCUUGACCGAAGAUCAAGUCUUAAAUAGUAUUCAGUAUUUACUCACUGAGCUAGGUAAACAAACACCUUUUCCUUAUAAUCGACCCAGCAGAAAGUGGUUUGAUGUUUUCUUACUCCGAAAUCCGGAAAUCUCCAUGUUACUGUGUAAGAAGGUAAACUCGCCUGCUAUGAGUUCGCAAAAUCAAAUCGAUGCCUGGUUUGAGAAGAUUUCCAAUUACCUGCAAAAUAUCAACCUUUUCGAUGUGCUCAAGGAUCCUGACCGAAUGUUUAAUGGCGAUGAGCUGGGGUUUUUUAUCAAUCCCUAUGAUAAUAAAGUUCUCUUCAAGAGAGGUGCUCAAAAAGUAUUUCAAAUCAUCAAUAUAGACCAACGACUUCAUGUAGCCAUGUUUCUAGCAUUUAGUGCCUCAGGAAUGAUUGCACCACCAAUGUUAAUCUCCCAGCAAUCAGCAUCAUUGCGGUGUUUCCAGCAGAGUGUCCCUGAUGGUUGGUUCCUUGGAAUCUCAGAAAAUGGUUGGAUGACUGGCAAGACCUUUUUCGAGUACAUUGUCAGUGUUUUUAAGCCUUGGCUCGACGAAAACAAUAUCCCAAAACCUGUCAUAGUUUUCUUCAAUAGUUCUACAACUCAUCUCACUCUACAGCUGAGCCGCUGGUGUCAUGCUAACGGCAUAGUUCUUGUAGGAGCACUGCCAAACGAUGCAUACGUUGUCCAACCGCUUGAUGUGUCUUUAUUUGGGGUUUUACGAACGCAGUGGUUUCUGGAAGCUGAUCGCGUACGUCGAGAGGAUAAGUCAGCAGCUUUGAAAGUAAGUAAAUUUUGCUCUACAUUGCAAAAAGUCAUAGCUGAGAAUUUAACACCGGAACUAAUACAGACUGGUUUUCAAAAGUGUGGCAUAUUUCCAUGGGAUCCUCUAGGAGCCAACUUUGAAAGCCUAAUCAAGGAUUUCGACAUAAACGAAGCUGUGAUCGAAAACAUGGAAGUCCUAUCAUCCGCUGGUGAUGCAGAUCCGCGGUACAAACUAGUUUUGAAAAUAUUAGAGGGAGAAAUAGGUGAAAAUAAAGUGAAAAGUUUCUAUGCCCUGAAAAAUGAGUCAAGAUGGUUUGAUCUGGUAGACCAAAAAGAUAUUAGUCUCUUCAGGGUUUGGAAGCAAAUAUUGAGUAAAGCGGAGGAAGUCCCAAAUUGGGUUCCAGAGAAUUACUGUGAGGUGGUAAUUACAGAUGAAUGUUUAGAUUCAGAUGGGAAAGAUAGAGUUACAGCUGAAGACAUGGAACAAGAAGUCUUGGCCAAGGAUGAAAAUAAAAAACUCCAGGAUAAUUCAGGCAAGAAUGUCUCAACCACUUCUAAAAAAAAGGUUACAAAAAAGAGGAAUAGAGGGUGUAAAGAUGAAAGUUGAUCAGAUUUAACUGAAAUAAAUGAAGAUUUAAUAAAUUUUUUUUUAUUUCAUUUAGUAAGCAGAGUUUUAUUGAUCUGUGGCGUUUCUAUUACUCUGUCAUUACUGUUACUUUGUUUCUUGAGGAUCGGGAAGUGGAAAUAAUUUUUCCCAGCAUUAUCCUCAGUUCUCCACCGAUUUAGGAACCUAGCAUCUUUGAACAACCAGAAAACUAAAAAUAGUAUAGGAGUUUCAUAUUCUCUAAAGAGGUUUUCUAAUAGUUUUGGUGCCUAUUAUGAAUAUUUUAUCAAAUCUAUCUUUUCUUAGAGAGAUAUUCUCAAAAAGAUAUUUUUUAAAUCUCUUCUGUUGGAAAGGUCCUCUCGUAGUUUUAGUUCCAAUAAUGAAGUUUUUCUGAGCAGUCUUGCCCACCAAAAAAAAACUACUUUUUCAAGUGGCCCACAGGAAGGCUUUAAAAUUAAUGCUGAAAUGCAUAAAAUCUCGUAUCCAUCAUCAUCGUGGAUAUGAAUGGAGUAGUACCUUGGCAAUUUUGUUGUUAUAUAUGUUUCAUUCCUCAGCCAUCAUUAGCAGUAAAUAUUCUCCAGUUUGAAUCAAAAUUUGUGUUCGAUUUGAUGUAAUCAAAAAGAUAAACCCUAACAAAGAUAUAACUAAAUUAUUUUGCGGGACAAUCUGAUUGCUUGGAUCAAACUAACAUAGUUCUAGUGCUUUAAAAAUCAUGCAACUUCAUCUGUAUCCGACAAAUACCUAUAAGCUCAAAUUUGUUCAGUUUUAUGUCAAUCUUCAGAAAAACUCUUUUAAAAAAAUUCAAUAUUUUAAAAACAAAGGAAGCUUUGGACGAUUUUGACAAUACUGUAAUUGCGUUGGGUCCCUUCUGCUAAAUUUGAUCCAAUGAGGUAGUAGCAAAGAAUUUUUACAGUGUUGUAGUAUAAUUGCUCUUAUGUGAAAUUUCGUGAAAAAAAUCAAAACUUUCAUGCAAAAGUUCAAUGAAGCAUUUCUAAGGGUGAAAAAGUUCAUCAAAAUCCAACCAAUCAAAAGCUUGGAGGCAAUUUGAUCUAGCAAGGCAACGCCUGAAGAUGAGUUGAGGCAAUCUGCAAAUGCCGUUUCCUCCGCUCAGCUAUGUCAUCAGCGCUUGCCAAAAAUAUCAUUUCAAACAGGUCCCAUUUUUUGGAUCUUCAAAACAGAGUCACCUUGCCAUUAAGGAUGAAAAAAAACUGAAAAAUUUCUAGAAGCGUAGUUCACUUCUUAUUUUAAAAAAGUACAUUUUUAAAAAGAUGAGUGCCACUGAGCCAUUAGUAUCCUUGAACAUAAGAAAGUUUCCGUUGAAGGUAUUUUUGGUUGAAAUCAUGCAGAUGUCAAAUUUGUAUCAGAAUCCUGAACUUACCCUAAGACUAAGCUGAGAUGUGAAUGGAUUUGCAAGAUUAAUAAUGAUUGUUGCUGCUGUUGUAACAGGCAAGUGUCAAAUUAUUCUCCCUCCCGCUGUUUGGCUGAAAAAUUCUGAUAAGUUCAGAAAAUAAUAGUGAUUCAUAAUGUUGUGAUUUGUUUUAUUUUUAUUUAUUUGUUGAAACCUGUGUAUUUUAAGUUUCUCCUCUGAAAACUCAAGUUGUUGUUUUGUAAAUAAUUUUUUUAUUCUAUUCUACUACAAGGUGAAGUCACGCCUAGAUUUAGAAAUGAAAUGAUACCGCUUUUCAUUGUCAACCCUUUCACAGAUGACAGGCCUCAAUUCCGUCUCACUCUCUGAGUCUUUGUGGUCUCCAUUAAUUUUUUUCUAAGAGACUAGGCACACAAUGGCAAGAAAUUUAGCGGCAGUUAAAGUUUGAUACCAUCUGAUAUGAUGUUCUUUAUGGCCUCUUGAGCACAAUGGGCUUCUGAAACAGAACUGUCCAAGUGCCGAUCUUGAGAAAAAGGGCUGAAAAGUAAAUUUUUUGGUAUUUUUACUUGGUAUAUCUAAGUAAGAGGAAUGUUGCAACCUCUUUUUGCUGAUCGGGGAGAUUUAUUUGCUGGUUGGGAUAAGAAGACAGACAAAAAGAAUCAAAUUCCUCUGAAUAAUACAGAAUGUGGUGCGGUGUCCUUACAGACUUAAUUACAGAGCCACAUUAGGAAAUGCGUACAAGAAGGACAAAAAAUUUACUUUUCAACCUUGCUUUUCUCAAGAUUGACACUCAGAAAGUUGAAUUUUCAAAACCUAUCGUGCUCAGGAGGUUGGAAGAAGCAUCAUAUUAAACAAUCUAGAACCAAAUUUCUUGGUAACAAGUGCAUGGCCCGUUUAGGUAGCUUUUGGAUUUACCUCAGAAAAUUUUUUGUAAUUGGUUGCCAGAGGUGUUUGUUCAUGCUAAGUAGAAAUUUUGGGUUAAAUUAACUUGUAGGUUCUAGCAAGUAAAAUGUCCCAAAAAGCCUUUAUGAAAGUACAUCAAAAGAGUAUAUCAUUGAAUUACAUCAAAUGACUAAUGAAACCAAAAUCAUUAAAAUUAAUUCAAAAUUACUGUUUACUAAUUUUUUUUCUUUUUUUUUUUUUUUUUUUUUUUUUUUUUUCUAAAGAUUUUGGUAAGAAAUGAAAGCAUGUUAUCAGGUGUGUCAUAGAUGGUUUUAGCAAACUAAACUUGUCUCUGCUUACUACAUGUGACUUGGAUCUCUUUUUCUCCCCCUCCAAAUUCAGAAAAUCCUGUUAAUGAUAUGGAGGAUUAAUUCUUGAAUGCAAUCAAACAUAGUUUGUAGGAUAUCUAAUUUCGUUAGAUUUUCACUUGCCAUAAAAAAUUGCCAUCUUUAAAGGUUGAAAUUGUUUUUGAAUCGGAAUGAGCACAUUGGUAUCUAAACCUUAGAGUAGGCAUGAAUUUACCUUGAAGGCAGGAUUCAUUUCUCCUCUCGAUUUUCAUUUUGUCUGUUUCGUCUGAGUAUUUCAGUUCUAUUUGACUUAUUAGGUCCUCCUAUUCAUUAAUCAUGAGCCAAGUUAUUUUAGUAUAGUUAGUAUGACGAUUGCAUUUAAUUUUAUUCAUGAAUAAUUUCUAUUCUAAUUCUUUUUUAGCUACUGCUCAAACACAUGCAUCUAAAUCAUUACUGGUUAAUGGUAUGGCCUGCUGCAAAAAUAAUCUUGCAGCUGCAUUGGAAUAUUCAAAUGUUUCUUUGGGGGGGAGGGGGGGGGGCAAUUUGAAACUCUAUUGCAGUUUUUUUGGGAUCUGAAAGAUGACAGAGCACAAGUAGUGAGAGAGAUGAAUCCUGUAUCUAGAAGUACAUGAAGUGUAUUUUCCGAAGGGAAUACACUAUUUUUCCUCUUGUAAUUUACUUUUUGUGAUAAAGGAAGUCCAAACUGUGGACUGUUUUUGAUAUUUGUAGAAAACUGUGUUCAUGCCUUUUAAGUCUUUUUGAAUAUUUUUGUUGUUUCGUCAGAACUAUUUUCUCUCUGUCCUCUUUUGUAACUUAGUUAUAGAUUUUCUAUUGUAAGUAAUAUCUGGAAAAAUGUAUUUUUGAAUGUAAAUGAAAAUUAUUUUGUUCGGUGAGGUGCUAUUUUUAUGGAAACUGAGAGUAGAUUAAACAUAUCAGUAGAGUAGAGUAACAUCAUAGGUUUUUUACAUUAUUGUUUGUAUCACGAUCAUAAACCUCCCUUAAAUACUGAAAACGUUGUUGAAGUACUCUAAAGGAAGCGACGGCUUUAUUAUCUCAGGAGCGGACAUGUACUUGAAAAAUCAACAACUUCAGGCGAUAGUUCUCCUAUCCAUGAGAAAUUGAAAACAAAAUAUGCGUAUUCCCUUCAAGAAAAAAAGAUUUGAAUGAAUUGUAUAUCUGCAAUCACUGCCUCUAAUUGUCCAGGUCCUCUUCUUUUGUUCAGCUUCACUUAUGAAUUACACCCAAACAAUCGGUUUCGGUGGUUAAAAUUUAAUUCCUCCAAUCAAUGCUUUGCACCUAAGUUUAGUGUGGAAACGACUCAUCUGGAAUAUCUCUGAUUUCUAUUUGUUCGAAGUUGGGAAGCAGUGGUUACUGAGAGUUGUGCUUAAGUUUUGCCUCUGAAAUAGUGACAAUAUUCAAGCCAGUCUCCGAAAAUUUUGGAGUCAAGUUGACAAGCUGAAUUAUACUUCUUCAUUAUCAAGUAUCAUUUUACAAACGCAUGCGUCUUGAAUUAUUGACACAAGUGAUUUGGUUUUUAUCUGUUUUGUGUUACAUAAUUUUAAAAUCAGAUGAAAUUUUAAAGUCAAAUGAAGACCUCAGUCUUUUAGAAAUAUUCAAUCAGGGGCGAGAUAGAGAGAGAGAAACUAAUAGAGGGAACUAGAGAAACAAAUUUAAUUAAUGAAUGAAGAAAAUUGGUGUGUAAGGAGUCAACCGAAAGGAAUCACAGGUUUAACUCUUAAGUUCAUUCAAUUCAAAAAUAAGAUGAAGCACCUGCAGAACAGACUGUUUGACGUGGCAAAUAGAGAAUUUCUCAAUUUUGAAGGAAAAUAGAAGAAACUGAAGUGCUUGGCCGAAUAUUGAAGAGAGAAAUAGUGUCCAGAAGUUGCAUAAUAAUCCUGAUUUUGUUUGGUCUUUCGCGGUUUUGAAGUUUAAUCUUCUACUUCCAAAUCCAAAUUAUUUGAAGCCCAUAAUGUUUGUAUUGCAAGACUAUUAUUGCUCAUCCCAUUCGGAACUAGUAUUGGUGGUUCAUCUCAUUUUCAGUUUUAUUUUGUGUCAGAGUGUGAGUUGAAGCUCUCAACUGAGACUUCUCUCCACUUAAAAUUUCUUGCUUUGAAUAUUUUAAUUUAUUCAUGUUUCUCUAAUAGGUACCCAUAUUUUGAUUGACCCAUAUUUGAAAGGGACACAUUAGUAAAUAUUGUCAAAGCUGUGUGUGUCAUCUUGUCUUGUCACCAAGGCACCUCAAGGUUACCCAUAACAAAAUCUUGAACUUUUGUACAUUAUGUAAAUGGUUAAGAUUUUUUAUUUUUUUACUUGUUCUCUCUGUUACAGAAAUAUUUCCGUUGUAAUAAAAUUUCUCCUUAGCUUAAAAGCAGCUAAUGGAGACCAAAAAAUCA